UCCAGGACGCGCGCCAUUGGUCAUCUGCAGUCACAUGGGUGUUAACUUUGUUCAGUUGACAGAAAAGUGGGAGGGGCCAGAGAAGCAGGAAUAACCAAAGAGUGAAGGGAUGGCAGAGAAAUGCUAGUUUUUUAUUUCCGAGGAGGAGAUAUUCCAGUAAAAUCGCGCGCUGAUGGCCAUGAGCUCCUACCUGAUCAACUCCAACUAUGUGGACCCCCAGUUCCCCCCCUGCGAGGAGUACUCCCACAGCGACUACCUCCCCAGCCACUCCCCGGACUACUACAGCCCCCAGCGGCCGGAGCCCGCAGCCUUCCAGCCGGACUCCCUGUACGCGCACCCGCCGCACCAGAGCCGGCCGCGGCCGCGAGCGCAGCCGCCGUACACGUCGUGCGCGGCGCAGUCCGCCGCGGCGCUGACUCCCCCGCGGGGUCACGGCGUCCUGCCGGCCGGCGUGUCGGAGCAGAGCCGCCGCUGCGCCUCGGUGACACCGAGCCCGCCCCCGCCGCCCUGCGGACAGACCACCGGCGUCGCCGCGGGCGCGCGGAAGGACCCGGUGGUGUACCCGUGGAUGAAGAAAGUGCACGUAAAUAUUGUAAACGCCAGUUUCUCGGGGGGAGAGCCGAAGCGCUCGCGGACGGCGUACACGCGCCAGCAGGUCCUGGAGCUGGAGAAGGAGUUCCAUUACAACCGCUACCUGACGCGCAGGCGCAGGGUGGAAAUUGCGCACACGCUGUGCUUGUCGGAGCGCCAGAUCAAGAUCUGGUUCCAGAACCGGAGGAUGAAGUGGAAGAAAGACCACAAGCUGCCCAACACCAAAGUCCGCUCCGGGGCGGGCAGCACGGCCAGUCCCCAGAACCGAGCCUGCGGGCCGCUAUAGCGCGGCUCUGGGCGGCGGCCAGGAUUUCUGCCCCCCCACAUAUAUAUACUGCCCUCCAAUUCCUACAUUGAACGACUGAAAGGGGGAAAGCUCGAUUUGAACCACCAGAAGCUGCACUGUGGACCAGAAUAAGCCUGGUUUCGGACCUUGAAGUGUCAUGGCCCAAAGUUCGGCCUUGACCCGCAGCAGAACUCCGUGUGACGUGACGGGAGGACGCUGAGGCGCGAGGAGGGCACCUUUAUUUCACUAAAUAUGAACAAAAAGAAGGAAAAGCAGAUGGAAGUGACCGAACUGUGUGAAUCUGUGGCCUCUCUUUUCCUUCACACCGAUUCCUCUCACUCCCCCCGCAGUUUCAGUCUCCUCCCAGGGAUUCUGGUUGUCGUUUUUCUUCGUUUUUGGAGAAGGAAAACCCUCGUUCUUAUUUGAAAUCAGACUGGUGGUCUCCAUCUUUCACCCUGCGAGUACAUAGCGGCUGAACCGCCUCCCAAAGCACUAACCGCCUUACACACGUGUAAUAAAUGAAGCUCUAGUUUCCCAAAGAGCCCCCCAUCCCCCAAUACACACUCACAUGCAUGGAUACAUGCACCCGCAUGAGCCCGAACAUAAAGAAGACGCGGCAGCCUCACAUCCCAUUUACGCGUCGGUUUCCCCGACGUUUUCUCCUCCACUAGGACCGGCCGGCCACCUUCUGCCGUUGCUAUAGUAACUGCAUUCAUGUUUUUGCUUCAAGGCAAUAAUAUAAGUAUAGCUUUUGAUAAAUAAGUGACUGUGGUGACUUUUGGAUGGAGUUUUGGUUGUGAAAUGCUCCUCUGCUGUUGCAGGCCGUGUCGGGAGACUGUGAGUUCCAAAUGUUGUAAAAAAAAAAAAAAGGAAAAAAAAAAGAAUCUGCUGGAAAGCAGAAAUGAACUUAAUUUAAGCGUUUUUUUUUUUUUUUUUUAACAAUUUACCAAACAGGGUAUGCCCCGCGAGGCUUACUAAACAAAGAGUACUAAAUAAUCACGCCAAAAUCGUAUGGAGUACAAGAACGCAGCACUAAAUGAUGUACUUUUACCUCACUUAAAUGUUCUCAUCCUCUUUUGUCUUUGCUCCUAUGAAGAAGUGACAGCUUUUUGAGCUUUUAUAUUUUUGAAAUGAUCAAAACAUACAUCGAUCUUCUUUUCUUUUAUGUGUAAAUUUAAAUAUGUAAUUUAAUGGUGGGCAGUUGUUUGGAAGAUGAAGGGACAGGGUUCAGGAGAAAGGGGAGCCCUCGGUGGCGCAAACGGUACUGGUUUCUUUUUCUGUUUCAGACACUUUUGUGCUCGUGAAAUGCGCGCGGUUCUUUCUCUAUAUCUUUUUUUUCAUCCUUCCUCUUUCUUUCCUUUCACUUUGUGCCUAUACCUGGAUUUUCUUUUGUUCUCCCUCUCUGGUAUUUCUAUGAACAUUCCGAAUGUGAGUGUCGUGUUUGUGAGGAUGCUGCUGAUCCCGAGUCUCGUCCUCCUGUGAGCUGCUCCUGGUUCUGCUCCUCCUCCUCAGUGUCCACACCUGCCUCUUGUCUGUAAAUACUUCACAGAAAUUUAAAUAAAU